AUGUUGUCAAACGGUGGAGCUCGUCCAGCAACAGCCGGCGGAAAGCCAGGAGGAGACGCCGCUACCGUCUCUAAGAGGCUGCAAAAUGAGCUUAUGACUCUCAUGAUGAGUGGUCUGCACGGCAUUUCCGCAUUCCCAGACGGCGAUGACCUUAUGAACUGGACAGCUACUAUCACCGGGCCGGACGGCACUCCCUACGAAAAAUUACAGUACAAGCUAUCCAUGAAGUUCCCAUCCUCCUACCCUUACACCCCCCCAACCGUUAUGUUUAGAACCCGGUGCUGGCAUCCCAACGUCGACACCAACGGGCACAUCUGCUUGGAUAUCCUCAAGGACAAGUGGUCGGCGGUAUACACUGUGCAGACGAUAUUGGUGUCUUUGCAGAGUUUGCUGGGAGAACCAAACAACAACAGCCCGCUAAACGAAGAAGCAGCUCAGCAAUGGAAGGAUCAGGCCAAGUUUAGGAAGUCGGUGCUUGUCAUGCACGAUGAUGGUCCCGAAUGA